AUGGCAACGGAUAUGCAGAAACUGCUUGGAACUAGUGAAGAGGAAGAUGACGAAGACAUGGAUAUGGACGUCAAGGAAGAAGAUGAUAGAGACCGACGUAACAGAGGAACACACGCAGCUUCGGGCAGUAGUAAUGACGAGUUCAUGUUUCAGCAAGAUCAAGUGGGCACUCCCGGGGGAGGAGGAAGUCGCAGAAGUAGACCUGUUGAAGAGAAGGAGCGAACAAAGCUGAGAGAGAGGCAUCGAAGGGCUAUAACUGCAAGGAUCCUAGGAGGGUUACGAAGGCAUGGGAAUUAUAAUCUGAGGGUCAGAGCUGAUAUUAAUGAUGUUAUUGCGGCUUUGGCCAGGGAAGCUGGUUGGGUUGUUCUUCCUGAUGGAACUACUUUUCCAUCCAAAUCUCAGGGGACAAAGCCUCCUGGUGGUUCUACUGCGGUUGUUGCAGGUUCAUCAGCUUCCCACAUGGCAGCACAGCAAUCCCCACCUCCUGCUGUUAGAAGAGUAUCAUCUGAGCUUAGAAGCCCAGUGGAGCUCAGUUCUUGCCGUAUGAAAGGUGUUUUCAAACCCGCUCAAUCGCCAUAUGAUUUACCCCCAACUCAGUCUCCAGAACUGGUUGGCAGUGCAAAUAAGGCUGAUGGGCUUGUUGGUUGUUCAGUCGACGUUAUCAACUCUAAACAGAUUCUUGAGAUUCCUCCAAAUCUGGCCGAGCAAGAUUUCUCUGGCACUCCUUAUGUUCCGGUUUAUGUGAUGUUACCACUUGGAGUUAUCAAUAUGAAGUGUGAAUUGGCUGAUCGAGACGGACUGCUAAAGCACUUACGGAUAUUGAAGUCAAUCCAUGUAGAUGGGGUUAAAGUAAAUUGCUGGUGGGGAAUAGCUGAGGGUCAUACCCCCCAGGAGUAUAAUUGGAAUGGUUAUAGGCAGCUUUUUCAGAUAGUCCGUGAUCUUAAUCUUAAGAUACAGGUUCUAAUGUCAUUUCAUGAAUGUGGAGGCAAUGUUGGUGAUGAUGUUUGCAUUCCACUUCCUCAUUGGGUUGCAGAAGUCGGUCGCACCAAUCCUGACAUAUAUUUCACUGAUAGAGAAGGAAGAAGAAACCCAGAAUGCCUUUCUUGGGGUAUUGACAAGGAACGUGUUUUAAGAGGACGAACUGCACUUGAGGUGUACUUUGAUUACAUGAGAAGUUUUCGGAUAGAACUUGCGGAUUUUAUAGAGGACGGUGUAAUAUCUAUGGUUGAAAUUGGACUAGGCCCCUGUGGAGAGCUACGGUAUCCUUCUUGUUCCAUAAAGCAUGGGUGGCGAUAUCCAGGCGUUGGAGAGUUUCAGUGUUAUGACAAGUAUCUCUUGAAGAGCCUGAGAAAGGCAGCAGAAUCAAGAGGGAACCUGUUCUGGGCUCGAGGCCCAGAUAACGCCGGCUCCUACAAUUCCCAACCGCAGGGAACAGGUUUCUUCUGUGAUGGAGGUGACUACGAUGGUCUCUACGGAAGAUUCUUUCUCAAAUGGUAUUCACAGGUUUUGAUAGAUCACGCUGACCAAAUCCUCUCUCUCGCUAAACUAGUCUUCGACAGUACCUGCAUUGCCGCAAAGCUCCCAGACGUCCACUGGUGGUACAGAACAGCAAGCCACGCGGCAGAGCUAACCGCUGGAUUCUUCAACCCGAGCAACCGAGAUGGUUAUGCAGCAGUUGCAUCAACACUAAAGAAGCAUGGUGCCACUUUGAGUUUUGUAUCCGGAGAAGUGCAAGUUCUAAACCGUCCCGAUGACUUCUCUGGAGCACUAGGAGAACCUGAGGCAGUAGCUUGGCAGGUGUUAAACGCUGCGUGGGACACAGAUACACCGAUUGCUCGAGAGAACUCGCUUCCUUGCCAAGAUAGAGUUGGGUAUAACAAAAUGUUAGAAAGCGUCAAGUUUCCGAACGAUCCAGAUAGAAGGCAUUUGUCAUCAUUUGCCUAUAGUAGGCUCCUCCCAGCUCUUAUGGAAGGACAUAACAUCGUCGAAUUCGAGCGGUUUGUCAAAAAAUUGCAUGGUGAAGCUUUAAUGGAUCACCAUCAACAGGUUUAG